GAGGGAGGGAUUGAGGUGUAGAGAAGGAAGGAGAACCGGGCACGAGGCAUAAUAUUGUCACAAAGGGAAGAGAGUGAAUAGAGAAGGGCAGAGGAGAGAGAGCAGGGAAAGGAUUGAAUUAGAGUUGAUGGAGGAGGGGGAGAGGAUGAGAGUGCGUGAUUGAGGGGUGGAGGCAGAAUUCCAGCGACAAAGGAAGAUAGUGUUUUCAAGAUAGAACGAGAAGUUGUGAGAGAGGGAGAUAGCAAAAGAGAGCAAUCGAGAGUGUGGAGGCAAAGAAAGGAGAGGGUGGAGGUGUUGAGGACCUUGAGGAAAUAACCCUGAGUGGGAUGGAUCAAUAAAUUCCCGGACAAAUGGCUGAGUUUGAGGAGGAUAAUCUUCAGAAGCAAAUCGAUGAGAUAGAAGCUCUGUCAUCUAUCUAUGAGGAUAAUUGGACUGUUGUCAAUGAGGCUGCAAGAAUCUUUUCUAUCAGGAUUACUGAUCAACUGCCUGAAUGGGCUAUUUGCCUCCAGGUGAUGCUCCCUCCUGAAUAUCCAACAGCAGCACCACCUGUUUAUCAAUUAAAUGCUCCUUGGCUGAGAGGUCAUGAGCGGGCAGAUCUGUCUAACGACUUGGAAGAAAUCUACCUGCAAAAUUCAGGCGACUGUGUUCUGUUCCUUUGGGUGCAAAAGAUUCAGGAGUUUCUACAGGUGAAAGCUCAGUCAGAUGCUGCAGCUCAAGGCACACAGAAGGAAACAGAGGAGGCUGAUCACUGGGGAUGCCAGUCGUCUUCGCAACAAGUUGUACUGAAGGGGAACAUCAGCGAAAGCUUGGAUGAUGUGGAAAUUCCACUGAUGGCCCAUGGAGAGCCAAUCACUGAUCGCCGGAGUACGUUCCAAGCACACCUUGCUCCUGUGGUGAUAUUAAAACAGGUGAAGCUAUGUCUUCAGAAGCUGUAUGAGAACAAGAAGAUUGCCAGUGCUACACACAACAUAUACGCGUACCGGAUAUACUGUGAAGACAAACGGACAUUCCUUCAGGACUGUGAGGACGAUGGCGAGACUGCAGCUGGGGGCCGUUUGCUACAUCUCAUGCAGAUUUUAGAUGUCCGCAAUGUGCUGGUGGUGGUUUCCCGGUGGUACGGGGGGAUUUUGCUAGGACCCGACCGCUUCAAGCAUAUCAACAAUUGUGCUAGAAACCUACUCAUUGAUGAGGGUUACAGCGAACUUGGGGGGGAAGUGUCAAAGACGCCAAUAAAGAACAAAAAACUAAAGAACAAGAAAGGAAAAUAAAUGGAGGAAGUAAUAUUGAUAUUUUCUAAUUAAUGGAUAAGAACGAUAUCAGAGUGUCCAGAACUGCCCUACUGAAACCAAAAUGAAAUACAAGAAAGUAUUGUUGCUGAAUCGACUUGCUGUCUUUAUACUGUUGUACUCCAGGACUUCAAUCCAAAUCCUUUGCCUGCACCCAGUUGUAUUUCUUUUUGCCUGUUGCUGUCAGCAAGUGGUCACUACUGGUUGAUGACCCCCCCCCCCACCCCACCAAGAAGAUUCAGAUCAAAACUCCUUAAUUUCCAGAGCAAGUAUCCACAAGUCCACAAGCAUCGGUCAUGAAAGGAGAGGGUUUGAGUCUCAGCAGCAUUUUUCAGUUCCGUGCCAUGUUCCAUUAACAAUAUCGAUUCUUAUUGGAAUGUCACGGUGAAGAAGAGUGGGUAGACAUUCAGGCCUUCAAGCAGGUGCUAGCUCUUUGAUUCUACUCAGUUUGUCCCUUUCCCUUUUCUUUCUCCCACAGCUUUGCUUCUUUUCAGGAAUUUCCAAUUCCCUCCUGAACUGGCUUCCUCUACUUUUCCAGAUAACAACUGGUUUACCUCAUUCCUGUCCAAUUUCCAAUCGACUAAAUGCGGUGCUGCCUUAUUGCCAACUGUUCUCUGACCAGAAAAUUUAAUCUGUGAAGUAUCAUCAUGUCCAAAACUGUAUUGUCUUGAAUGUAUAAGUUGGUUUGGGAAAAACAAACUCCCAUGGGCCGCAACUUACAAGCUAAUCUGUCAAGCAAUGUUUAUUGACAGGGGGCAGCAUGGAAUACACCCCUGCUUUUGAAAUGAUUCUGUAGGAUUAUAGAAAGCAAGGUUCUCCAAAUGCUGGAAGCACUCAGCAGGUCAGGCAGCAUCUGUGGAGAGAGGUCCUGAUGAAGGGUCUCAAAAUAUCAGCUGUCCUUUUCCACCCACUGAGCUUCAUUAGCACUUCGAACGAGGUCUCUAGGUUCACCAUUGAACCUAGGUGCUGGAGCUGUGCCUUUGUGCUACCAUGUCAUCCGUGCUUGAUCAGUAUUUGGCCAGGAUCAAUGGUAUAAUGAGAUCAUUGUAUUUGUGGGUUCGAUACAGGAAGAUCUGAAGUUUGGUGAACUGUGCUCACGAUGGGUUUUCAUUUUACACCUUUUGUGAAACCUUAACUUUACAAAUGGCUUCUUAAUCUUGGGAUGAGGCAGCAAGUGUUCUCGUGAUUUAAACAAAUUGCUCAUUUCCAGUGUUGAACCAUUGAACUGACCUGAUAUGACUUUCCUCUGCUUUAAAUGGAAAUGUGAGGUGAAGAGCAAAUAUUUAGUAAUUAAUUGGCAUAUUUUCACUCUAAACUUCAUGUUCUGAAUAAAACAUUAAAAUUGAUUCUAAUCUGAA